AUGGCACAUCCAGCGCACGCCGCCCAGCCACACACCCCCUCAUUCUUCCGCCGCAUUCUGCGGGCCCCGGCUCGCAUCAUGCGGUCCACGCCUCUCCGCUUCGUCGCCCUCGCGAUCCUGCUCGCCUUCUCCCUCCUCCUCACAGGCGAAUUCGAAAUGCAACGACAGUUCGACCCGCAACGGCCAUUCCGCGCGCCGCGGCUCCUUUCCCUCAUACGCCCCCAGCACCGCACGGACACAGCAGCGGCCGAAGCAACCCGUGCAGCGAACGACGCGACGAGCCGCAGUAACCCGCAUCAGGGCGACGAAUCCGAGCAGGAGACGGAGGAUCCGACUCCCGCGGUCGCCGCUCCGCCGCUUUCCGCGGAGGAUUUCAAAACCCUAGAGAGCCUAAUAGAGCAGCCAGUGGAGGAGGAGGAUGGGCAGGAGAAUGAGGAGGAGGGGGAGAAAGGCGGGGAGGAGGAGGAGGGGGGGGGUCGGGAGAGGGAAAAGGGGAAGGUGGGUUGGGGAUGGGUGGGGAGACUGGCGGGAUUCGGGAGCCAAUUGGCGAAUGCCACGUGGGAGAGAGUUGGGGGGGUUGUGAGAGGCGGGAUGGAGGUGUGGGAGAAGCGGGAGAAGGCGGCGAGGAGUAGGAAGGAGUGGCGGAGAGUGGUUGAGAGCGAUAGGAGGAAGAGGAUGGAGGCAAGGAGGAGAGGUGGAAAAGGAAGGAAAAGAAGGAGAAAGGGGAGUGGUGGUGGAGUGAGUGGUGCUGUACACACUGCUGGUGGUGGUGCUGCUGCUGCGACUACUGGUGCUCUCAUUUCACCCGCCAACGUAUCAUCAGAAGCAGCAGGAGUGGACGGCUGUUUGAACGAGCUGCAGCGUGUGACUGAAAUGGACGGACUCCGACCCGACGCGAUGCUUCCCAGAAACUUCUCCGUGCACCUGCUGACGCUGGACCCCUCGCGGCGCCGCACGGGGCUGCCCCUGAAGCUGCGCGAGUGGAGCGCUGAGAGCGUGUUUGUCAUCGGCACAGGGGAGCCGGGCAAGGGACGACGAGAGACGCUGCUGAAUCUGGACCGUCGGUUCCGAGCGGCAGGGCUGCAGUACACGCAGGUGGUGAUGCCCAUGGCGCUGGAAGAGCCGUUUAAAGCGAGAUACGACCCAGUGUUCCCUGCCCGCUCGCUCUCCCUCCGCUCCACCUUCCACCCGCACGAUCUUGCAUACGCGUUCGCGCAUUUCGAGGUGUGGGCGAGGGUGGUGGUGGUGCUGCUGCCAAUCACAUCCAUGCUGCUCCUCUUCCCUUCUCUCCCCCUCUCCCUCCUCCCGCCUACCAGAUACGACCCUGUGUUUCCGGCUCGCUCGCAGCGUAUGAGCGUGCGGUGCAGCGUAUGA